AUGAGUUCUUUAUCAACCUUGGAUUUGGAGAGUACUAAACAACAUCGCAAGCGACUUAUAAUCAAAUUUUCCUACCCCAGUGGUUCUCAAAAUAAUCAUUCACAAGGGGAUACUAAGAGAAGGAAGAUGGAAAGUUCUACAGCAAAGCCAAUUGUUACAUGUUAUUGGCUUGAUUCUAAAGAUUCAACAACCUUAAUGUCUCAUCAAAAUAACAAAAUGAUGGUCAACGAGGGACUUACCCCAACAACAACAACCAAUUCAAAGUCUUGUGUCAAAGAAAACUCUUUGAUUCGUGAAAAAGAUUCAAAAAAAUCCAUAUUGAAGGAUACUGUUGCUGAUUCUGUUUGCAAGAAGAUUAACAAGAAUUUGAACAAUGAAACAAGAAACCCAUCUUCUAUUAAAGAAAACCCAAGUACUGAAAAAUAUGGGUUGAAGAAUGAUGGUGUUGAAAUAAAGUUGAUCAAGAAAGAGAAGAAAAAAAAACCAAUGGAAAAUUACAAGAAGAUGCAAUGUUGGGUAAUCUUGAAAAGAAUGUUGGUAGGAAGAGAUAGUUGGGCUUUGAAAGACCCUAUUGAUCUCAAGGUUUUGGAGGGUUUUCAUACCUCAAAGGAAGAUAAUUUGGAAAACAAAUCAAAGUUGAAGGCAAUGGGUUUGAAGGAUAUUGAAGCUAAAAUAGACUUUUAUUCCACACCUGAAGAGUUUGCUCACGACAUCAGACUUGUGUUCUCUCAAGCAGUAAUGUUAUACCCUCCAAAGAAUGAGAUUCACAAGAUUGCAACAAGGCUUAGUGAGAGUUUUGAAAACAAUUGGAAAUCUUUGAAAAGAAAUUGGGCAGUUAAAGAUGAAAAGAGGAAAUAACACGUCUAUGAUUAAAAGAAAGAUGCCUUCUAUUAAGGAAAAUGCAUCAUCACAAACAACAAG